GUGAAGUUUCAACUCUCAACUUUACAGAUGGGGAGUCCCUGAAGGUCUCUGAGCAGAAGUAUGCUGCAGCAAGAGCAGGUACUCUUGCAGCUGCCGAAGGAUGCACUGCAGUGGAAGCCAGCUGAGACCUGAGCUAAUGCCACUGCGGCCACCACUACUCUAGACUGGGGAGAAAAGAUAAAGAUGGCAACAGGACGCGAGUGGAGAGCAGUUGCAGACGACCUCUAGAGCCCCUCCUAGCUCUUUCUAGAGUCGACGACUUCAAGAUGGGUAAGAGGUACUCCCACCGGCCUGCCUGGGCCCCGGGCUGUGGAGCACGGCGCCUCCAAGCUGGCGCCCUGACGACCAGAGCCACUCCUGACGCCUCUCGCCAGCGCCCGCCCGCGGCACGGAAAGUAUGGCACGCACCCAGGGUGGUGCGUGAGGGCAGAGGAGCAGGACAGGAGCGCGGCCGGGCAUGGGCCGAGGCAGGGCCUUCUCGGCUUGCCAUGGACCUGCCUCGCGGCAGCCCAGACCUCACGCCCCAAACCCAGGACAUCCAGAGCGGCGGGGACCGGAUUCCCAGACCGCAGGGCCCGGACACGCUGCGAGGAGGCUGCGCGGGGAAGGGCUGGGCGGAGCUCCGCGGGGGCGGGGACAGGUGAUUGGGUGGCACCGCCAGGGGCGUGUCCAGGGGCGGUGCUCCCGCCUGCCGGCGCGUUGGCUGCGGGGAUUACGUAAGGGGCGGAGCUGGGGUACGGAAACAGACUCUUCUCUGGGAUUACGUAAGGAAACGUGAGCGAAGGAGGGGAAUCCCGCGAUAGGAGGCGGAGAGAACGGAGCUCCAGUCGGAAGUGGGCGGGGCUCUGAGCGAAGGCGGGAGGUGGAACGAGCGCGCCGGCCCAGGUGCGCUUCGGCCGGCGGUUCUGGAGCAUGCUCCGCUGGGCCCGCGCCUGGGGGCUCCCCCGUAGGGGCCUCCGUCCCUGCAGUCCCAGCUUCUCCACGGGGCCCGUCGCACCCAGCAGCAGCGGCCGAGGCGGCGCCGAGCCGAGGUCGGUGCCUCUUUCCUACAAGCUUUUGGAUGGGGAGGCGGCCCGCCCGGCCCUCGUCUUUCUGCACGGACUCUUCGGCUGCAAAACCAACUUCAACUCUAUCGCUAAGGCCCUGGCCCAGCAGACAGGCCGGAGGGUGCUGACAGUGGAUGCUCGUAACCAUGGUGACAGCCCCCACAGCCCAGACGUGAGCUACGAGGCCAUGAGCCAGGACCUGCAGGACCUCCUGCCCCAGCUGGACCUAGUGCCCUGUGUCCUCAUUGGCCACAGCAUGGGAGGCAAGACAGCUAUGCUGCUGGCACUACAGAGGCCAGAGCUAGUGGAACGCCUGAUUGCUGUGGACAUCAGCCCCGUGGAGACCACAUCUAGCUCAGACUUCCCAACCUACAUGGCAGCCAUGAGGGCCAUCAGUAUCCCUGACAAGGUGUCCCGCUCCUGUGCCCGCAAACUGGCCGAUGAGCAGCUCAGCCCUGUCGUCCAGGACAUGGCUGUGCGGCAAUUCCUGCUCACCAACCUGGUGGAGGUAGACGGGCGCUUCGUGUGGAGGGUGAACUUGGAUGCCUUGGCCCAGCAUGUGGACAAGAUCAUGGCCUUCCCACCACGACAAGAAUCCUACCCUGGGCCAACCCUCUUCCUCCUCGGUGGAAACUCUCAAUAUGUGCCAUGCAGACCGUGCCUAAUGCUGGCCACUGGAUCCACGCCGACCGCCCGCAGGACUUCCUGGCUGCCAUUCGAGGCUUCCUGGCCUAAGAGUUGCUGGCCAAAGGGGACACAGAACCCCAGGCUUCAAGGCCCUGUCGUGUGCUCCACAUUUCUGCACGGAAGAACUCAGGCGGGCACUGAGGGCGUGAGGGUACAGAGGGUCAGACCUCAAGCUUUAAUGAAUAAAGACACUGUUCCCAAGGUCCUGGGCUGAGCUCGC